UCACACCUCCUGUCAUCAGUGUUUGUUUGAUUAGUGGCAGAAAAUUAUAGUACCCGAGGCCGAGUGAAUAGAUGGGGCGUUCAAUGGCACCGGUUAUCACGAUAUAAUAAUACGCUCGGAGGCUGCGGCUGGCAACAGCGAGUGAUACACUGCUGUGCCGGUCCAAUCAAUCCGGCGGUCCUGUUUUGGCUUGGAUAGUAAUCCAUGCGGUUUGUGUAUUUUAUCGCCCAGUCAACCGUUUGCUGUUUUUGGUGUUUCCGGAUCGAGAGCCCCGACAGUGGAUAGUGCAGCAAGCAGGAUGGAGGACGAGGCACUGAAGAAGGACGAGCAGCGCAAGGACUCGCUGAAGAAUGGUAAGGAAAAUGGGGCGUCGGGCGGCGACGGUGGCGAUAUAGUGCUGAAGCCCAAAAUGACGCUGGUCAACGGCAUCACGGUGAUCGUCGGGUCCAUCAUCGGGUCCGGCAUUUUCGUCUCGCCAACCGGCGUCCUCAUCAACACCGGCAGCGUCAACAUGUCGCUGAUCGUGUGGGUUAUAUCGGGCCUGUUUUCGAUGGUCGGUGCGUACUGCUACGCCGAGCUGGGUACGAUGAUUAAAAAAUCCGGCGCCGACUACGCGUACAUCAUGGAGACGUUCGGCCCCUUCCUGGCCUUCAUUCGACUCUGGAUCGAGUGCAUGAUCGUGCGCCCUUGCUCGCAGGCGAUCGUCGCUCUCACCUUCAGCGUGUACGUGCUGAAACCGUUCUUCCCAGAGUGCCAACCUCCGGAAGACGCCGCCCGACUCCUCGCCGUGUGCUGUAUAUUGGUGCUAACGUUCAUCAACUGCUGGGACGUGAAAUGGGCGACGGCCGUCCAGGACAUCUUCACCUACGCCAAGCUGCUGGCGCUGUUCGUCAUCAUCGGAGCCGGCGCAUACUUUCUGUUCCUUGGCAACACGGAGCACUUCACGUUCAAUAAUACCAAAACCGAGGUGACAUCGCUGGCUUUGUCCUUCUACUCCGGACUGUUUGCGUAUAACGGCUGGAACUAUUUGAACUUCAUCAUCGAGGAGCUGAAGGAUCCGGUGAAGAAUUUGCCCCGCGCCAUCGCCAUCUCCUGCACGCUGGUGACGGUCGUGUACGUGUUUACCAACGUGUCCUUCUACACCGUCCUGUCGCCGGAGGAGGUGCUCGGCUCGGAGGCGGUCGCCGUCACGUUUGCCGACCGAGUGUUCGGCAUGUUUGCCUGGACGAUACCGGUGUUUGUCGCCCUCUCGACGUUCGGAGCCGUGAACGGUAUUUUGCUGACCUCGUCCCGCCUGUUCUACGCCGGCGCGUGCGAAGGCCAGAUGCCGGAGAUCCUGACGAUGAUCCAGAUCCAGCGCCUCACGCCAACACCGGCCGUGCUGAUUAUGGCGCUGCUGUCCAUGCUCUAUCUGACCGUGUCGGAUAUAUUCGCCCUAAUUAAUUACGUCGGAUUUGCCACAUGGUUGAGCAUCGGUGGAGCUGUCCUGUGCCUUCCGUGGCUCCGGUGGAAGCAGCCCAACCUGGAGCGCCCGAUCAAAGUGAAUCUCAUCUUCCCGAUCCUGUAUCUCAUCGCCACCGUGUUCGUUACCGUCGUGCCGAUGAUUGCCAGCCCGGUCGAGACGGGCUACGGUUGUCUCAUGAUCCUGUCCAGCAUUCCCGUCUACUGCAUAUUUAUCGCGUGGAGAAACAAACCGAAAUGGUUCAACCGUUCGAUGGGUGGAUUUACGCAGAGUUUGCAAAAGUUAAUGAUGGUGGUGCGGCCAAAACAGAAAUAAAAUGCGAAAAGUGGCAUUGACUCGGUUCCUGCAAAAAAUGCUCAUGGUCGUAGGAAAGACCAAACCAGCUCAGGUUUAAACAUGUAUGCACAUCCUCACGGUCUUGCAAAGAGUUUGUCUUCAUAAAUCCCUUCACCCGUCCUCUUCCAUCAAACCCACGUGCCGAAACCAAACCAUUCCACGCAAACAUUCCAAGUUAGAGUAGUCAGAAAGGGUGAAGGGUUAUGUAAGGGUUUGUUUUUAAUGUUUUGUUUUUUAAUCUAUUAGCUUUUAUUGUGUUUACUUUAUCACGUGUGUUUGCAAAAGGCUGUUGUAAAAUGUAAUUGUUUUAAAAUUGCUGUAUUUGUUUUUAAAUUUGAUUGAUUUCAAAUGUCUGUCACAUGAUCGAGGAAUUGAUUGAUUAAGAAACUUGGCAUUGGUGGUUUAGACAAAAUGUUAACUGUUUGUUCUUGGAAGCUUAGGAAACUUGUUUCCUGUUGUCGCAAAGUGGGUGUUUUACCAUUUAACCAUUGGACCUGCGAACGAAUGUGCAUUACUCAACUGGUUGAAUAUGAAUAUUUAUUGAAAACUGUCGAAGCAGUAAGACAACGACUAGAGUUCAAGGAUCAGUUCUUAACCAUAGUUAAAUUCAAAAGUUAAAAUAAGCAAACAUGAAAUUUUAAAUAUUUUAACAAUAAUCCAUUAUCCGUAUCUUCCAAUUGUUUUAGUUUCCGGACCGAUUCGCGUGGCGGUUCGAUCCGGAAGGUGCAACAUGAUCAUAUAUUAUCUUUUUAUGGAAAGCACAUAUCAACAUUUCAAAACAAAUGAUCCUAAUUUAAACGAUCAUGUUGUGUUGUAAUCAAUUUUGUUUUAUGCAAGGCUCAAUCGUGAACCGUAGGAAAAGUUCAUUAUUAUCAAACAAUCGGUAUGCUUCGUAUAAAUUCUAAAAUAAAGCAAACAAAUUAAAAAGAAAUGUAUGUAAAAGCAAACGAAAGUUGCAAGAAACGUAUUCAAAUUAUAGCGAAAAGACUUUGUCGUUCCAUAUUUAGUAUUGUUUUAAACGGAGCUUCCAAAUGGCCGCUGAUUUUUAAUCGAUGCUAAACCCGAAUCAGCCAGCAUCCUAUCACCUAUUGGCAGAAGACGACAAGCAUUGGGAAAAUGUGUGAUUGUAUUAAGAGAUAGAGAAGAGCGCAUGUCGCUCGGCAAGGAAGGCGCCGAAAUGAGCUAAAUUAUUGACAAUAAUAUACACACAAACACACACAAAUUCGCAAAAAAAAACUUGUAAAAGAAAACGCAUAAAAUUACCCACAGGCCACACGGGAAAAGCGCUGUCCAAUAAAUGUAUUAUCAUAAUCCACCAUCAUGCUCGAAUAGAGGAAUAUAACGUUAG